CGCAGUUCAGCGCCGCCCGGGCUGGGACCCGCUGCUUCCGAGCGCGCAGACCUCUCCACGGGGAUCAAGAGGACCCUGCGCGCUGGCGGCCGCCCCUGGCCUCGCUCCGGCUCACACUGCAGCGCAUCGCCUCGUCCCGGGCUCCGACUCGGAGCGCACGGCUCGCGUCCCGGGCAGCGGCGUGUCCCGGGAGCCCCGACUGUGGGGCAGGGCACAGGGCGGCGGCCGGCUGGGGAUGGGCGGCCGGGCUGCGGCGUGGACCGGCGCCGGGGGGCUCCGAGCGCUGCUGCUGGCGCUGGUGGCCGCAGGGGUCCCGGCCGGCGCCUACAACCUCGACGCGCAGCGCCCGGUGCGCUUCCAGGGCCCGGCGGGCUCCUUCUUCGGCUACGCGGUGCUGGAGCACUUCCACGACAACACGCGCUGGGUCCUUGUGGGUGCACCAAAGGCAGAUUCUAAAUAUAGCACUUCAGUAAAGUCCCCUGGAGCUGUGUUUAAGUGCCGCGUCCACACCAACCCCGAACGGAGAUGCACCGAACUGGACAUGGCUCGAGGGAAGAACCGGGGUGCGCCCUGUGGGAAGACCUGCAGGGAAGACCGAGAUGAUGAGUGGAUGGGGGUGAGCCUGGCCCGGCAGCCCAAAGCGGAUGGCCGUGUUCUGGCCUGUGCCCAUCGUUGGAAGAACAUCUACUAUGAAACGGACCACAUCCUGCCCCACGGAUUCUGCUACCUCAUCCCGUCCAACCUCCAGGCCAAAGGCAGGGUGCUGAUCCCCUGCUAUGAAGAGUAUAAGAAGAAGUAUGGGGAGGAACAUGGCUCCUGCCAGGCCGGGAUGGCAGGCUUCUUCACUGAGGAGCUGGUGGUCAUGGGUGCCCCAGGCUCAUUUUAUUGGGCUGGGACAGUCAAGGUGCUGAAUCUCACGGACAACACAUACUAUAAACUGAACGAUGAUGUGAUUAUGAGCAGGCGGUAUACCUACCUGGGCUAUGCAGUGACCGCUGGCCACUUCUCUCAUCCAUCCAUCACUGAUGUGGUAGGAGGUGCCCCACAGGAUGAAGGCAUUGGAAAGGUUUAUAUAUUUAGAGCUGACCGAAGAUCAGGGACCUUAAUAAAGAUUUUUCAGGCAUCAGGAAAAAAGAUGGGCUCUUACUUCGGCUCCUCCUUGUGCGCAGUUGACCUGAACAUGGAUGGCCUCUCUGACCUGCUCGUGGGGGCUCCCAUGUUUUCUGAGAUCAGAGAUGAAGGGCAGGUUACUGUCUACCUCAACAAAGGAAAUGGAGCCCUUGAGGAACAGUUGUCCCUGACCGGAGAUGGUGCCUACAAUGCACACUUUGGGGAGAGCAUUGCCAGCCUGGGUGAUCUUGAUGAUGACGGGUUCCCAGAUGUGGCUGUUGGUGCACCUAAGGAGGAUGACUUUGCUGGAGCAGUCUACAUCUAUCAUGGUGAUGCCGAUGGGAUUGUCCCCCAGUACUCAAUGAAACUGUCUGGGAGGAAGAUAAACCCGAUCCUGCGGAUGUUUGGGCAGUCCAUAUCAGGGGGCAUUGAUAUGGAUGGAAAUGGCUAUCCUGACGUCACCAUCGGAGCCUUCCUGUCCGACAGCGUGGUCCUCCUCAGGGCCAGACCGGUCAUCACUGUGGAUGUCUCCAUCUUCCUCCCAGUCUCCAUCAACAUCACAGCACCUCAGUGUCAUGACGGACAGCAGCCUGUGAACUGCCUGAACGUCACCGUGUGUUUUCGGUUCCACGGCAAGCAUGUACCAGGAGAAAUCGGUAAUGAGCCACAGUGUCAGGGCCUGGGCCAUUUGUAUGCCGUUCUGCCCGAACUGCACACGGCCUCUGGUCUUGGGGGCAUGCUAGAGUAUGCAGGCUGUGGAAGGUUAGCCGGGAGGAGAGGAAUCUACCUACGCAGCUAUGGGGAAGCUGUCGUCCAUGCUGGGCGGAGGGUCCAGGAUGUCAUCAGCCCCAUCGUGUUUGAAGCCGCCUACAGCCUGGGUGUGCACGUGACUGGCAAUGAGGAGCGGGAGCUGCCAGAUCUGACACCAGUGCUGCGCUGGAAGAAGGGACAAAAGAUCGCCCAGAAGAAUCAGACAGUUUUUGAGCGGAAUUGCCGAUCUGAAGACUGCGCUGCCGACCUGCAGCUUCGGGGGAAACUCCUGCUUUCCAGUGUUGAUGAGAAAACCCCAUACCUAGCUUUGGGGGCUGUGAAGAAUAUCUCUCUAAACAUCUCCAUCUCCAACCUUGGGGACGAUGCCUAUGAUGCCAACGUAUCCUUCAAUGUUUCUCGGGAACUCUUCUUCAUCAACAUGUGGCAGAAGGAGGAGAUGGGCAUUUCCUGUGAGCUGCUGGAAUCAGACUUCCUCAAGUGCAGCGUGGGAUUUCCUUUCAUGAGGUCAAAGUCAAAGUAUGAGUUCAGUGUCAUCUUUGACACAAGCCACCUGUCUGGGGAAGAGGCGAUUCUCAGCUUCAUCGUGACUGCUCAGAGUGGAAACAUGGAGCGCUCCGAGGCCCUGCAUGACAACACACUCACACUGGAGGUGCCGCUGGUGCACGAAGUGGACACGUCCAUCGCAGGAAUCGUGUCCCCAACCUCCUUUGUGUAUGGCGAGUCUGUGGAUGCAUCCAACUUCGUUCAGCUGGAUGACCAGGCGUGCCAUUUCCAACCCCUCAACAUCACUCUCCAGGUCUACAACACGGGUCCGAGUACCCUCCCUGGGGCAUCUGUCAGCGUCUCCUUCCCCAGUCGGCUGUCACCUGGUGGCGCAGAGAUGUUUCAGGUCCAGGAGAUGGUGGUGAGCCAAGAAAAGGGCAACUGCUCUUUCCAAAGGAACCCAACCCCCUGCAUCAUCCCUCAAGAACAAGAAAAUAUCUUCCACACCAUCUUUGCCUUUUUCACCAAAUCUGGAAGAAAAACCCUAGACUGUGAAAAGCUAGGGAGUUUCUGUCUAACAGUGCACUGCAACCUUAGCGCCCUUCCUAAAGAAGAGAGCCGCACCAUAGACCUAUACAUGCUGCUGAACACAGAAAUACUGAAGAAGGACAGCUCCUCUGUCAUCCAGUUCAUGGCUCGGGCCAAGGUGAAGGUGGAUCCUGCCCUGAGAGUGGUGGAGAUAGCUAAUGGGAACGCAGAAGAGACUCUGGUGGUCUUUGAGGCCUUGCACAAUCUGGAGCCCCGCGGCUACGUAGUGGGAUGGAUCAUCGCCAUCAGUUUGCUGGUGGGAAUCCUCAUCUUCCUGCUGCUGGCUGUGCUGCUGUGGAAGAUGGGCUUCUUCCGCAGACGGUACAAAGAAAUCAUCGAAGCUGAAAAAAACCGGAAAGAGAAUGAAGAUGGUUGGGACUGGGUCCAGAAAAACCAGUGACCCGCCGUGCCAGUCAUGAUGCCCUCAUGUUCCCGUCACCAGCCUGUGGUCCCUGAUCUUUGUAUCUUCCAUAUUUGGAAGAAAGAAGUCUUCUCCAGAUUUUCCGGAGGCCUCACUGAUGCUGCCCUCUUCUCAUCCUGUCCAGCCCGGCGCCGACCUGAGAUGGCCACCUCCAGCCAGGUCACACGACUGGGGCCACCACCACUUCCCUUUACAAACAAACUCAGAACUUCGGAAAGAUGAGCUACAGAGCAAAGCAAUAUUUAUGGAUACAACAAUGCGUGGUCAACCCUCAGGGGAAAACUGUUACCUAAAAGUAUUUUUUAUAAAUGUAAGCCUUUUAUAUUGAUUGUGUCUUUAUAUUUGUAUCAAUGUUUUAUUAUUUCUAUUAAAUAGUUCUAUAAUUCACUCAAGCACUGAAAUCUUGGAAAUACAUGUACCUGCAUACAAAUUUUAAAGAAGAAAGAACUUAUUGUACUUUGGAACUUGCUGUUAAAAAAAAUGCAGAUAAAAUAAACUAAAGAAACCUCAUGAAAUGAAUCCGCCAAGCUGGGAGUACUGCAAAAGCACUGUGGAUAUGGCAAGACCAUCUAAGACAUUUCCCAUUGUCAUCACCUGGAGUCGGGGCAGAGCGCUUCAAGAAGUAUCAGUGCUUUCUCUUAGGGACCUCUCAUUGGGAGAUUGCCAGCAGGAGCUGAGAUGAAAAGCCUGGUUUCCUCAUCCUCUGCACCACCCUGAUGCAUUAAGCAAGCACCUCACCCUCCUCCCUCUGGAGUCAGCAAGCGCUGGAUAGACAACUGGUCAACCUCAGAAUAGCAUCUCAUCCCAGACACCAUGCGCCAGGGUUCAAAACCCAGGACUGAAGCUGUGCUCUCUCAGCAAAGACGUGUCUGUGUGUAUAAGAUGUUACCUUGUGAUGUAACUUCAGUUCAAGGGUCUCCAUUUCCUCUGUCACUCUUGCUGUCCCCAAAUGGUAAUGUUGCAGAUUCCUUCCCAGAGAGGAUAGCCCCAUUUGAUUUAUGUUUAGGUCUUAGGUGGGAUUCUUAAGAGUCAAAGCCUGGAAUAAGGACUUGGGUGCAAGUAAGUUAUUGAGGAAGUCUUCUCAGAAGCUAGCAGUGAGGAAGUGGAGAAUACAGUACAGGAAAGUAGGGGAAGCCAAGCAACAAUGUCACUUUAGGGGAUAAUCCACAAAGUGACUUCAGCCCAAUUGGAUCUGGUCACCAAGUCAGGCUCAGAGUACCCUGACCAGAUGUCAGGAAGCUGGGCUUUUGUGGUUCCACACCUGCAGGGGAUAUAAACUUUCUGCCCUUGGUUCUUGCAGACAAGAUGACUCUGUCCCCUAGAGGGCAACUUCAGAGGCAACUGGGGAGACCCAGAAAUCAUGCAAAGAACUCUGAGCCAAGUGCUUUGGUGUUGCCCUGCCCCAAACAAGUGAAUGCUAUCUUCAGCUUUGGGAAACCCAAAAGCCAUAAGUCAAAGCUGGUCCUAGAAGUCAAGGGAUGGAAACAGGGGUCACUGCAAGGCUGGGGCAGCCCAGGAAACCAGUGCACACCAGUUCAUAAGUUUUAUCAAAAGAAAUAAGAAAAGGAGUCUUGGCUUUACCAGCCAUGUACAGCCUGAACUGUGGGCUAUGCAAGCUGCUGGUGAUCCCCAGAGAACACAGCCUCGGUAGUAAGCCACCUCACAGUAGGUGUGGAGUGUGGACUCUCCGUGAACCCCACAUGCAGCUGUGCCGUGAUGGUGACGUGUGGAUCGGAUCAUGGUUUCCUUUAAUAAAUCAUUUGAGAUUCUUAGGUAGUGAGACCACAACAGCACCACUGCAAUUUUAGCCAAAUGCAUCUGUCCCCAAUGGCCUGCUUCCUGCAAAGGGUGUGGCUUCAUCGGGGUCAGUGGAGAAUGGUGACUCGUGUCCACAGUUCAGUUAGCCAGCAGAGCCACACCUUAGGAAGUGUGGACAGGAAGGAAGGGCAGACUCAGCUGGCGUCCAGCCACUUGUGCCCUGCCAUGAAUGGUACACCCUCAUGAGUAGUCACGUGUUAAUAAGGCACUGCAAUUCCAUAAAGCAGAUUUUAAGAAAACUGCAUGGUAGCUAGCCCCAGAAGCAAAUCCUAACAGCCACCGUAGGAAGCGUCUUUGCCUGUCUGCUAAUGCUGAGUGCCAGGUGCAUGAGAGGCAGGGUGUGGCUGCUCGGCAGAGGAGUGGAGCACUGUCUGGAAUUCUCUCGCCUGAGUAGUUCAACGUCUUCACUGCAGCCUUCUUCGGGCGAUCAGGGCAAGUGGGCAGGCGUGUAGAUAUGUCUGUGUUCUCUCUCUAGAACAGUCUUUUAAAAACCCAGUGCGUGGCCUAUUAGGAUAUAAAGAAAUGAAAGGCUCCGUGUGUGGCGUUAAGUCAGAGCGCUAGACUACUACUCCUGAGGCCUUAAGUUCGAUACCCCCUUUCCCUUUUCUUCAGUUGUCUCAGUGGCCCAUUGUACCCUUUUGCCUCUGAACUCUGUGGAAGCCAGGCAGACAUUCUCAUGGGCACUAUCAUUUGUCUGCUUCCGUUUUUUAGCUGUGUCUUCCAUGGUUUUAACCAGCUCUCUGGACUGGACUGAAAUGCUCUGUUUUGUUUGUUGUUUUUAAUAUGAAAAAGGACUCUUGCAAAAAAAAAAAUUGACUAAUGCAAUGCCCCUUAAAAAUUGACCCCAUUCUUCUCAGUUUACAUAGGACUCAAGAAAAGUCUGGAGCAUCCCUGAGGUGAGUCCCUGCCACAAAGAGGCUGCAAAAUUUAGAAGCAGGAGAACACCAGUGAGGGGACCUGAGUAGCUGGCUUUGUGCCAACUGACCAACACACCCUGUGUCCCCCAUCACCAUGGUCUCAGGCAGUGCCCAGAGGUUUGGCAGGCUGCGUGAAGUCCCCCACACCAAAUACUGUGUAACCUACCUUGUUAAAGGCAAGAUAUUCUCAACAAACAGCAGCCACGCUCCUGGGACACCCCAGUGACCAGUGGUGCUGUGUGGUGUGCUGUCUGUUAAGCCCCAGUGUGGAAGGUGUGGAAAUGUUAUUCACAUUUAUUUAAGGUUAGGAUAGCUUUAUACCUGAUAUACCUAGGAAAGGAGUGCCCAGUUUCCACUCCCUGAGAUUUAGAGGUGCUACCAAACAUUGUCAUUGGAAGGAUGGACAGCUCAGUAACAGGAUGUUUGCCUAACACACACGAAGCUCUGGGAGAGCCAUCCCUCUAGUAAACAAAAGGCAGAAACUGAGUAUCAUUUCACAGCUCCUCGGGAACACAGAAUUUUCAUAGGUGUGGGUUUUUAAUACAUGGAGUCGUAAGAUGCACGACAGGGAGUAUUUUCUAAGAUAAUGGCUGAAGGGAGGGCUGCAGAGCCGACUGGGGCCUAGUGAGCCUUCUGGAAUGUCUUCUGAGUCUUCAGCACAUGAAGGGAACACUGAGUGCCUCUCCCGAUGUGGUGCGAUGCUCUCCACAGCACACUGACCUGGAUUUGGCUGCCGUUCAGUUUGCUUUGUUUGGUGCUGAUGUUGUGCACAGUGUGGCUGGCAGUGUGAGUUUAAGCUUUCUGAGUGGUUUGUUGCAUGGCAGGCGCCCUCUCUCCCCCGCUCUCUGCACGGCUGCAGCUUUACUGAGGUAUCCACACGGCGCACACUGCCCGAGAGGAUUUGGGGUGGGAGGGCAGUCCCGCCUCGCUGUGUCGUGUGUCUGCAGUCACUUCUGAUUCACUUGCACUGUUUGGAAAAUGCCAGGUUUACAAAAAUGUGUUUGGAAUAAAAAAAAAAAAAAAUGGCUUCAAAUGA